AUAGACCGCCAAAAUGCGCAUUCUCAGUAUUUUUUAGCCGGUCUACAGCACUCGUGGUGGUUUUAGGUUAGGUUUAAAUUUUACCGCUUAGUUCGUUUAUUAUUUUACGAAAUAUCUCAGAAAAAAUGUCGAAGCCACCAUUUAAAGUCGCCGAUUUGAAACUAGCCGACUGGGGCCGCAAAGAAAUUUCCCUCGCCGAGAACGAGAUGCCCGGUCUCAUGAGUCUCCGCAAACACUACGGCCCCAAGAAGCCCCUCAAAGGGGCAAAAAUCGCCGGUUGUCUCCACAUGACCAUCCAAACGGCCGUUCUUAUCGAAACGUUGCGUGAGUUGGGUGCCGAGGUUCAAUGGUCAAGUUGCAACAUAUUUAGUACGCAAGAUCACGCCGCUGCUGCUAUUGCUAAGACAGGGGUACCCGUGUAUGCCUGGAAGGGGGAGACCGAUGAGGAAUACAUGUGGUGUAUAGAACAGACGCUCCUUUUCCCCGAUGGAAAACCGUUUAAUAUGAUUUUGGAUGACGGGGGCGACCUUACGAAUCUGGUCCAUCAAAAGUAUCCCCAAUAUUUGAAGGAUUGUAAAGGGAUUAGUGAGGAGACCACCACUGGGGUUCACAAUUUGUACAAAAUGUUCAACGCGGGGACAUUGAAGGUGCCGGCGAUUAACGUCAACGAUUCGGUUACAAAAAGUAAAUUCGACAACUUAUACGGUUGCCGAGAAUCCCUAAUCGACGGAAUCAAGCGCGCCACUGACGUGAUGUUGGCCGGCAAAGUGUGCGUAGUGGCGGGCUACGGGGACGUGGGCAAAGGCUGCGCCCAGUCGUUGCGAGCGUUUGGGGGCCGCGUCAUAAUCACCGAAGUCGACCCUAUCAUAGCCCUUCAAGCCGCCAUGGAGGGCUACGAGGUGACCACCAUGGACGAGGCGAGCAAAGAGGGCCAGAUUUUUGUCACUACGACCGGCUGCAAGGAUAUUAUCCUCGGCAACCACUUCCUCAACAUGCGAAAUGAUAGUAUCGUGUGUAACAUCGGGCAUUUUGAUUGCGAGAUUGAUGUGAGUUGGUUGGAGAAGAAUGCGAAAAGCAAGACGAAUAUCAAGCCACAAGUCGAUCGCUAUUUGUUGUCAAAUGGCAAUCAUGUGAUUGUUUUGGCCGAGGGGAGGUUGGUCAAUCUGGGGUGUGCGACAGGACAUCCCAGUUUCGUCAUGUCGAAUUCGUUUACGAAUCAGUGUUUGGCUCAGAUUGAGCUGUGGACGAAACCGGGGCAAUACUCGGUGGGGGUUCAUAUGUUGCCAAAGAUUCUGGAUGAGGAAGUGGCAAGGUUGCAUUUGGAUCACUUGGGGGUUAAAUUGACGAAGCUAACGCCAGAGCAAUCAAAGUAUUUGGGGGUGCCGGUGAACGGGCCGUAUAAACCCGAUCAUUACAGAUAUUGAGCUAGGAUUGUUUUCUGUACUUAUUUUUGUGUAUAAUAAUAAAUUCAUUAAAAGAAUAAAUACAAUUUUUUGAGUGCAA